UUACAAAAUAUUUAGUUUUAAAUUUCAAUAACCCAUUUUAAAAUACUUUGAAUACAGACACAUUGUUUGCAGGGUGAAAUUCCAUGGUGGUUGUUCUUACUCUCAUUUCUGUUUAGAAGAUUCUACUUAGUAAGACAUGUCUUCAUCCUACGAAGAACUCUUGGAACUCAAAAAUUUUCUGCCGUACCAUUUCGAUCACCUGACUCCUCGAAUGAUACAGAUAGCAAAGGAUGAGUUGAACGAAAACGAAAACAACCGUUCUUCUUCAAUCGAAGAACUUAGGAAAUUAAUUUUUAAGGAAAAGAACCUUCAGUGUCGCACCGAUGACGAAUUACUGCUGCAAUUUCUGAGAGCGAGGAGAUUCAACGUCAAGAAGGCAUUCGCUCGCGUUCAGAGCUUUUUCCAAGUGGCCAGCAAAAGCUUCUCGGAUGUCUACGCAAAUAUGGACGUCGAGAUUGCAAAAAAGGCCUUCAGGAGUGGAUUCUGCAGCCACCUUCCAUACAGAGAUAAAGAUGGCGCUGCUGUGGUAUUCAUCAAAAUGAGCAACUGGAAUACAGACGAGAUCGACGCUUUCGGUGCCUUGAACUGUGUUACUGCAGCGGUCCUCGCGGCUGUGGAUUAUCCGGCCACUCAGGUAUGUGGUCUUAAAGUUGUGGCCGACAUCAGAGGAACCACCCUACAACAUAUGAGGAGUCUCACACCCAGAUUUUUGUACCUGUUGUCCAAAGGUCUUCGAGAUACUCUGCCAAUCCAAUUUAAAGGCAUACAUCUUAUCAAUUCUUCAUCCAUAUUUCGAUGCCUUUGGGCUGUUAUCCAUAUUUUUCUAAGCGAAAAAAUGAGAAAGCGGGUCCACUUUCAUGACGACAGUAUGGAGAGCUUGCACAAAUUCAUCUCAAGAGAAAUUUUGCCCAAGGAAUACGGAGGAGAUUAUCCCAAAUUUGACCCAAUCGAGUUGGGUUCUGCGGAACUGGAGAAAUUCUUUCCCAAAUAUUUAGAACUAGCACGUGGCGGCUACAUAAAAAAUUAGAUACUGAAAAAAAAUUGGAUUUAAUACUGUAAUAUAUAUAUAUUUAUUUAGGACAUUGACUGAGAUAUGCGUGAAGAACAUUAUAAAACUGUGAAUAUAUCUUACUGGUAUAAAGAUUUCGGAACACAUAUCAUUUCACACCUAAGUAUGAAUCUGUGGCUUAGCAACUGGAAUGUAAGAAAGGUAAAGAUGUCUGUCCCAGGCGUUCUUAGUACAAGCACUGAAGAAAGAAGAUAGUGUUAAAUGCUUUUCUAAAGCCAAAAUGUGACAAUGGGCUUAAAAGUGGAAUGAAAUUAAAAGGUCGUAACAUGAUAAUAUUUUAAAUUUGAUUUGCCUAUGUUUAUAUAAUUUUUAAAUAUCAAAUCUGAAUUAUUAUGAUAACAUGCAUAUAAAAUUGCAUUUAAUAUCGCCGAAAUGUGUUUGCAGGAGAUAAAACAAUGAAAAUUUUAUAUAAAGUAUUUUUAUGUGUUUAACGUAAGUCGAAAACGUCGUUUACAAAACAAUCACAAAAAACGCGUACGUUAUUUAUUUCAAAAUAAAGUUUAUGUUUUAUAUUA